AUGAUUUUCCAUUCCACGUGAACCUUCUAGAACUAUCACCAUACCAUGCCUCCGCCGCUCCAACGCAACAACGCCCAUUCCACCACUCUCCGAUCCCUUCCCACGCCCUUUCUCGCCAAGACCUACCACCUCGUCGACGAUCACACCACCGACCACGUCAUUUCAUGGAACCACACCGGAUCAUCCUUCAUCGUCUGGAACACUGCCGUUUUCGCCACCGAUUUCCUUCCUAAAUAUUUCAAGCACAACAACUUCUCCAGCUUCGUUCGCCAACUCAACACUUAUGGUUUCAGAAAAGUAGUGCCUCAUCGUUGGGAAUUCUCCAACGACUCUUUCCGUAGAGGCCACAAACGUCUUCUCUGCGAAAUUCAGCGACGGAAGAUCCUUUCGCCGUCGCCGCCGCUUCCUGCGAUUCCGAUCGUUUCACCGUCGAACUCGUCGCCGGCGGCGCUGUUGGACGAAAACGAGAGACUCAGAAAGGAGAAUGUUCUGUUGACGAAGGAAUUGGAGGAGAUGAAAUCACUCUGCAACAAUAUAUUUAAUCUGAUGUCGAAUUACGCAAACGGUCAGGCGGACGGCGGUGCGGCGGCGGCGAAGACGCUUGGUUUGAUGCCGGCGAAGCGGUGCUCCGGCGAGGAGGAGAUGAAUCCGAAGCUGUUUGGAGUGGCGAUUGGGACGAAGCGAGGGAGAGAGGAGUAUGAUAGGGUUCUGAGUGUUGAUGAUGGGUCGUUCUAUGUGGAGGUGAAAUCUGAACCGUUAGAUUUGGCGAGACAUGGCGAAAAUAGAAAAAGUGGUGGGUGAAUGAGUGUCAUGCAUCAAAUGGAAGAGUGUGCAAUUGACACGCGGCGUUGUUAGAGAAUCAGAGUCCGUGAGCACGGAGACGCACGUGUUGAAUGGAAUGUGUGCCAUUACUAUGAGCGUCGAUAAUUAAUUAAUUCUAUAUCAUAUUUUCUUUUCU